AUGCCCGUGCUUUUGAAGCGAGCACAGCCCAUCAAGGACUAUGAUUUGCCAUCCACCAUUGUCAUUUAUGUGCUUGUAUGUUUGUUGGGAGUAGGCAUGUGCUUUUGUCUACGGCGAGCAAAUCGACUCUUGCCAAACCAGCUCAGUUUUCAACUACAACCCACAAAUCAAGCAAGAGGAUAUGAUCGAACGGAUGAAGAGCAAGGUGAUCCAGAGUCAAGGCGAGGAUUAUUAAGUGAACAAGAAGACGAGGAUGAAUAUGAUGAGGAGGAAGCUGGAUGGGCAUCGCGUCGACAACAACACGCUUCACAACGCUAUCAAGAUGAUGACGAAGAAGAAGAUAACGAAUCCUUUGGUGACAUGCAAGACGCUACUACUACAACUACUAGUCCACCGCCCAACACCAAUCAUGAUACCGAUCCUGCUUCACGCACACCUUUAUUCAACAUUGCUGAUGAUGAUGAUGAUGACGAUGAUGAUAAUAAUGAUAAUAGUCGUAUUAGUAGUAAUCAUAAUGAUAAUAAACAGCAGCAGCGUUGA